AUGACUGACACUUGCCCCCGUUUGCCUGUCCCUGAAAAAUGGGAUGCGCAUAAGAUUUCGUCCCAGAAGGGGAAAAUCGCCGUCGUUACCGGGGCCAACUCCGGCAUUGGCUACGAGACCGCCCUCGAGCUUGCACGCAACGGAGCCCACGUGAUUUUGGCCUACCGAAAUGAAAUACGCGGCCGUGAAGCCGAAUCCAGGCUGCGCGAGACGCUUGCUUCCACUCCAGAAACUGGCACCGUGGAGUUCAUGAAAUUGGACGCCAAGUACAAACGCCUAGAUUUGCUCAUAAAUAACGCAGGCGUCGCUGGAGGUGACUUUACUCUGUCCGAAGAUGGUUACGAGUUGUUGUUCGCCACCAACCACUUAGGCCACUUCGCAUUAACGGCACGAUUAUUCGCUCUGAUCAAGAGCAGUACCCCGUCACGCAUCGUGAACGUGAGCAGCCAGGUUCAUCGGCAGCCUAAGGUCUUCGAUGAAGACGAGAUUAUGCUGAAUGACGCUGAAAAAUACUCACCGAUGCAGAAUUACGGCGUCACCAAGCUCUACAACAUCAUGUUUGCGAAGGAGCUUAACCGUCGAAUGAAGGCCAACGGGGUAGAAGGGGUCACUGCGGCUGCUUGUCACCCGGGUCUGUCGGUCAGCGGUCUCACGUCGAAAACUGCGUCCGCGAGUAGCAGUUGGCUGUGGUGGUUGUUUUACAAGGUGGCGGUGUAUUUCCCAAGCCAGAGCGCUCAAAUGGGAGCUCUGUCAACGUUGUAUGCUGCUGUUGGAGACGCUGUGGAGGGCGGUGACUAUUUUGGUCCUAAUUAUCUAGGUCUCUACGGCCACCCAAUUCGUGAGGCUCCAUCGGGGCUAAGCGACGCGAAGGAUGCGGCGGCGAAGCUGUGGGCUUUCAGUGAAAAGCUGGCGAAGCUGGCUUUUGAAGUCAGCAAAUGA